UACUCUCUUUCUUUCUUCAUCUUCUUUUCUUUGUUGUUUCUGUCCGUUACAAGUAAUUUGAUUACGGGUGGUGUGGUUAUAUUCUUCUUUCUAAAACACCAAGUCGCGUCUCUGUUUUUUUAAUCUCAACCCAUCAUCGUUUCCACUUGUUAAAUUUGCUAGGGUUUGGUUACUAAUUAAACUGAAUUGGUCAUAGUUUUUUCAUGAAACGCUUCGUUUUUUUUUUUAGGUUUUGGAAGAUCAGUGAUGGUUUUGAUGGAUACGCUUCUUCUCUGUGUCUAAUGUCUUCUAGGGUUUUGUUCUUCCUCUUUAACUCUUCUUUUACUCUCUUUUAUUUGUUCCUUAAGUUCCUUGUUUCUUCGUCUUGCAGGUGUUUCGGAAGAGGCUUAUGAUCGGAUCAUCACGUAUUCUUCUCCAGGCUAUGUCUCACAGAUUUGUGGAGGAGGUUCCUAUGAUUGAUCCGUGAUGGAUUUGACUGAUCGUUGUCAUUCUAAUUCAUGUUCUUCGUCUAGGGUUUGGUUUUUGGAUGAUGCUUUAAUCGAUGAGAGUGAUGGCUCAAGGACACGAUUCGCUUCUUCUCUGUGCUAACGUCUUCAAGGGUGUUUUGGAAGCUAAUUAUGAUAUGAUCGGAUCAGUGCAUAUUCAUCGAUUUGUGGGAGUAAAGGGAGCCGUAAGCUGUGGGAAUGAAGCAUAUACAUUACUUGGGUUGUUCAUGAUGAUCUUGUAUGGGAGGGAAUGAUAACGAACAACUACCGGGAUAAAGCUAUGUAACCAGAAUCCCACAUGUAUAAUUUUAACUCAAGGACAUGUUAAAUUGUCGAAAUUCACCGGUGAAUUUGAAUUCAUGGCUACAAAAGACGAUUUUGGGUAAGUAAAGUGGUAAGAACUAAGAAGAUAUUGGAACGGGAAAAGUCAAGAAAGCACACUGGCACAGUUUUUUAGUAUUUAACGGAGGUUAACCGCAGUUGACGACAAUUGUGAAUUUUUAGACGAAGCCGUCCGAUGAUCUCGAAGAAUUGAGUGUGACAUGAGCCCAAAAUUAGGCCCAAAGUCCGAGAAAGUAAAAUAAACAAUAAAUAAUAAAGGCCUUUUAGAAAAAUUUAAACAUAGCGCAUUAAAAAACUAUACUAGCGGCCAACGGGAUCACUCAAAUUUUGAAAUUUUAACUGCUCUCAUCUCUUAUCUCUCUUUCUCUCUCUUUUUCUCAAAACAUAGAGAGAGAUGGAUUCGAAAAAAACCCCAGCGAAAGCAAAAGUUUUGGAUUCGUCUUCGAAUUCGAAGGUGAGGGUCGUUCUCAGGGUUCGUCCCUUUCUUCCCCGGGAAAUAUCCGACGAGAGUGGUGACCGAGUACUAUCCUGCGUUUCCGUAACCGACGGCGAUGACGACGACUCUAGCCAUGUGACAGUUCACCUCAAAGAUCCAGAUACCUGCCGAAACGAAUCCUAUCAGUUAGAUGCGUUUUACGGGGGAUAUGAUGAUAACGUGAAGCAAACCUUAGAAAGAGAAGUAAGCCCUUUGAUUGCAGGGAUCUUUCAUGGUUUCAACGCUACUGUGCUUGCUUAUGGAGCCACCGGAAGCGGAAAGACCUUUACUAUGCAGGGAUUCGAUGAGCUACCAGGUCUUAUGCCAUUGACCAUGUCCACCGUUCUGUCUAUGUGCGAGAAGACAGGAAGUAAAGCAGAGAUUUCAUAUUAUGAAGUUUACAUGGACAGAUGUUGGGAUCUUUUAGAAGUUAAAGCCAAUGAGAUUGCUAUUUGGGAUGAUAAAGAUGGACAAGUUCAUCUUAAGGGCCUCUCUAGUGUCCAAGUUAAUUCCAUGUCUGAGUUUCAAGAGGCAUACUCGUCUGGUGUUCAGCGGAGGAAAGUUGCACACACUGGUUUAAAUGAUGUCUCUAGUAGAAGCCAUGGAGUGCUUGUGAUCUCAGUAACCUCACAAGGGCUUGUCACUGGCAAAAUCAAUCUCAUUGAUCUGGCAGGUAACGAAGACAAUAGAAGGACAGGCAAUGAAGGAAUCCGUCUUCAAGAGAGUGCCAAGAUUAAUCAGUCAUUAUUUGCAUUGUCCAAUGUGGUUUAUGCACUGAAUAAUAACCUGCCAAGAGUGCCUUACAGGGAAAGCAAAUUGACUAGAAUACUGCAGGAUUCACUUGGAGGAACAAGUAGAGCUCUUAUGGUGGCAUGUCUGAAUCCUGGAGAAUACCAAGAAUCUCUUCGCACUGUUAGCUUGGCUGCAAGGUCAAGGCACAUCUCAAACAAUGUUUCUUUGAAUCUCAAGGUAGAGACCCCCAAGGUUAAGAUAGAUAUGGAAGCAAAACUGCAAGCUUGGCUUGAAUCAAAAGGCAAGACGAAAAGUACGCAUAGAAUGAUGGCGAUACGUUCUCCCCUGCUAAGUACAAAUCAAACUUCAAUUUUUCAAAGUUCGGUCAAGAAAUCCGUCUGUCAUAGAUCAGCCAAUGCAGAAAGUGCUAAGCUUGCCGCCACAGGACAGAGGGAUGCAUUUGUGACCGCAAGGAACUUAUUUGGUGGGGAAACUUUAGCUGCUUCACAUCUAUGGGAACCUAUACAGAAUCUGCAGUUAGCUUCUCCAACCAAAAAAGAUGAGAGAGACACAUCUGGCGAAGAGGAUCUAUCGGUAUCAGAAGCAAGCUUGAGAGAUAACCAAUUGGACCUCGAGAAGAAAUAUACUGAACUGAGUCCUCUUCGGGAAGCUCUGUCUCCGAUAGACACCAAUGCAAAACCAAAAUCAGCAGAUGGAAGCUCUCCUAUUCUGAAGCCAAUGACCCCAAAAACACCUUUUCUUUCUGCAAACCCUGAGAAUAGGCAGAUGGAAGGCACCUGCCAGAAGUUCAAUGCGUGGAGCACUAAUUUAAAGACAUCUCUCAUAAAUGAGUACAUUCACUUCUUGAACACAGCCAACAGAGAAGAGCUAAUGGAGUUAAAGGGUAUUGGAGAUAAGAUGGCUGACUACAUUACUGAACUCAGAGGAUCAAGCCCUUUAAAAUCGCUUAGUGAUUUAGAGAAAAUCGGUUUCACCUCAAGACAGGUACAUAACUUGUUUAAAAGAGCCACUGAAGGAAUUCUUGAGAAGCCAGUUUCUUCUGCGUCAACAACACCUUAGUUGUUUGUCUCUAGUAACAAGAACUUGUGUAUUAUGUGUGAAGCGAUUUCAUUAUUGUUUGAUCUUGUUGUGUAUUAAGCUUGUAACCAUAGACAUGGGAAUUGAUCUUAAAUGUGUACUGAGCAAGAAGAAAGAAGCAAACUUUAAAAGUUUCUAACUGAAACUUGUCACUCCAAAGACACAAAUACAAAAGCCAUAAUAAUUUUGGUUUAUAAAAGUCACAUUGACAUAGCAUACAGAGAUAUCUCAGUGACCACCAAACCAUAAAAA